AUGGCCAAAGUGCUGGACAAGCUGCGCGAGAAUGACAAAACACCGCAAGCUGCUGAGCUUGAGCUGCAGAAUGGACGUAGGGAACAACACGCUUCCAAUCAAGCGACCGUGGCUGAGCAGACCAAGCAAAACUUGCUGGAUCGACUGGUGCAGGUGGAAGCGUUGGAGACUCUGCAGAAGGCUGCUGCGCUUAGGAAGGCGCAGGACGAGGCUGGCUACGAGCAGGAGAAGAACCAGCUGCAGUCGGCUGAGCGGGAGCGGGAAGAUGUACUCCAGCUGCUUGACAGACUGGAAGACGAGGUAGAACAACAGAAGCACGAGGUGGCGGAGCACGAACGCUCGAGAGAGGAGCACGAGAGCGAACUGGCGCAGGUGAACGAAGUGUGGAAGGAGCUUCAGAAGAGGAAUGCACACCGUAAGGCUGCGGUGCAAGUGGCGACGGGAGUGAUGAUCACGGAUGAGGAAGAUUGUGCACGCGUGCUUGACCAGCAGACGCAGAGCAUCCAGGAAAUGCACCAGAAGCAGAAGCAGCUUGAGGAUGAGAAGAUUGAUAUUAGUACCCACGGGAAGCGGACCAAAAGGAUGAUUGACAAGCUGUCCAAACAGAACGACCUGAGGAGUAAGGAUGCGGAGGUCAAAAAGCACGAGCAGGAAUACAUGACUCUGCAGCAGAUGAAGCAUUGGUACGACCACGUCAGACACAUUUUGGAAUCCCUGUCCGGCCUGGAUAUCACGAACAUCGCCGACGAUUCUCUGGAAGUCCAAGUACUAAAGUCGCAUUCAGUGCGACUCUUUAUCGACCUUGAAACCACAAGGUUGCAGCGAGUUCAAGUGAGUGGCAAUUUGUGUGGCUGGCUGUUGCAUCUGUUACUGAUUUAG